AUGCACACAUGCACGUCUCAUAUAGACAGAUACGACGCCUGUAAGCCGGCUGCUGCAGAAUCAGAUAUGCAACCAUUCAGACAUUAAUUUAACCCUUCAGCUUCCUGGAUUGAUUAUACAUUAUGCCAUUUUACAUUGAGAUGCAAAGCAGCUGCCUUCUACACAUUAUUUUCGCCUUCUCAUCGCUUAUCUCAACGACAGCACAAGAUGUGAUCGGAUCAAGUCAUUCCUGUCUCAAAUCCAGUCCUGCAGAUGACGGACGGACGCGCGUCACCUUCCUGCGGGAGGACGCAGCCGGUGAGCGCGCCUUGUACCUCAGCCUAUGGUCCGAGGAAACGCAACCGGUAGCAUGCGAGGUGAAUACCAAUCCACUGGUCACGGAAAGAUACCAAAGUCUGUGCGACACAAGCGGCACCGAUGGUCAAGAAACCAUGAAGAGGUUUAAUGUGAGUAUGCUGUUCGUGGCUCCGGAUGCUCCGUGCGCGCUCGUUUCCUCCAGUGCGCCAAAGUUGUCCAGGCGCACAAGAAGAGAUUUGACAGAGGGGAAAACUCGGAGGAAACGCGCCUGGAUAUUCCCAGGGACGCUGUGGUGCGGUCAUGGCAGCAGAGCAGCCGGGUACGAACAGUUAGGGAUGUUUGAGAGUGCAGAUAGAUGCUGCCGUGAGCACGACCACUGCCUGCACAUCAUCCCGUCUUUCACUCUGAACUAUGGAAUCUUCAACUCCAACUUCUACACCGUCUCACACUGUGACUGUGACCACAGGUUUCGACAGUGCCUUCUCGGUGUGAAUGAUACCAUUUCCAACAUGGUGGGCUACAGCUUCUUCAACAUCCUGCGGGUUCCCUGCUUUGACUUGAAAAAGAAGAGGCACUGCACCGAAAUGUACUGGUGGGGAGGGUGUAAAGUCGUCAAAAAGGGUUCCUUUGGCAUCUUGAAAAACUCCAUCCCUUACAACUCCUCUGAUGUUACAAGCAAAUAUGAGACUAACAGUAACAGCAACUCGUCGCUGGGGCAGCAAGGGAACGGAAGCUUCGUCAUCAACCCACACAGAAAGUCAUUCGGAAGUAAACAUAGAUGUAGCUCCAGAGAUCCAUCCACAGGGGACACUUUCUACCUCAAUAGGACAAAGGGGAAAGGAUGUAAAAGACACAGGAAGCUGUUCACAGCAGCGCCCACCAAAAUGCCCCUGAUAUCAACAACCCACACCACUACUCCUUCAAUGACUACGGGUGUUUUAAAUGUGACUGAAAGCAGUGCAUCGACAGCAAAUAAAAAAAGAGCUGGAAAAAAGAAGAGCACAAGAAAGGGCUUCUUGACUUCUACCACACAGGUGACCACCAGCUCCCAUCCACACACAUCUACAACGCAAAUGACCACAGCUUCAACACAGAAACCAGCACUAUCAACAGCCACGGCAGCAACAAAACCCACCAAAAGUCGCAGAAAGGUUCCAAAACAACGUCAUUGUUGCGGAUUAAAGAAACCUCUGAGAGGUGACACUUUUCAGCCUCAUUGUAAAAAUUGUCCACAACAAAAUACGACAUCUCACGUGACAACUGUUACACCCUCAACAACUACACAUGGCAUCAAAUUGGCAACAACUACAACUGCGAGGCUGAAAGAGACAACAGAAACACCCAAACAAGACACUUUGAAAAGACUCUGGAGUACAGCUACUUCUGCAACGCCACUCACGACGAGACUGCAGACAGCUGCUCCCAUUCAUGAGGAUGGAAAGCAACAGAAGCAGACCGAAUCCCCUCUAAUGCAUCAUAAGACAAGCCAGGGGCCCAUAGCCCAAAGCACACAUGUAGAGAGAGGCCUCAAGAGAAAUACUGCAUUACAUAAUUUGACAGAUAAUCAGCUCCUGUGUGGAAGCCUCAAACUUCUGGAUGACUGUAAAUACAAAAUCCAUCCUUUGGGGAGGAAGUAUCAUCUGAGGAACACAGAGUCAAAGACUGCAUACCACUGUGACUGCACCAGCCGCUUGGCUGUUCACAUUGAAAGCUUCAAGCAACCCAGUGUUCUCUCCAAGCUACUGAUGGAUUUUGUCUCUCAAUACUGCAUUAAACUGACAAAGAAGAAAAAUUGCCACAGCGGAAACAGCUGUUCUGGAAGCUUCACUAAAGCCUCUGACCUACUUCAAGCACUUAAGAUGAUGGAUGAAAAAGACACUGCUGGGGUGCGAAAUUCACGCAAUGCCAGAAAAAGAGGGAUUCCUGCUCGUCUUUAUAAGCGAUGCCUAAGGCUGGAGAGAGAAGCUGAUGUUAUGGUGCAGCUCGCAGGAUUUUAGACUAAGCUUUUAUGUGCAGCAACAAUGAAUUUUAUAAGCUUUACAUUUCAUGCAGUGCUUUCUGUUUCUCUCUGAUGGUGUAAAAUGGCAUUGUUUUGGAAAACAUUCAAGAACUCAAACCCUGGGACAUUGUAAUAUAUUUGUAAGUAUGCCAUGGUUGUACAUUUAAUAUAUUUAUAAAGAACUGCCAUACAAAAACUGCAAGCCAUGACAAUGUGCAUUGGAAAUAGAAAUAAAUCAAUUUAUUUUUUGUGUC